AUGAAGAAUCACAAUCCAAUUCACAAUGAAAAUCCUUCAAAAGAUGAGGAACAGUCGAUAUUCGAGGCGGAAAUGCAAAAAAUGGAAGAGAAACUUGGCGAAGAAAGCAAUUUUGACCUUUUAAAUAAGUCUACAGGAAGGCUUAAGAAGAAAACAGCAAAGCCAAUGACUGAAGAGCAAAAAACAAUAAUAGAAACACAAAUAUUCGGGGAAAUAAGCUCUGAAUCAGAAGAUUUUCCAUUGAAUAUAUUCGCAAAUACUCCUUUAAAUCAGGAUAGCAUUACAAAUGGGGACAACACGGACAGCAGUAAUACAAAUACGACAAUUGGAUUUAAAAAAUAUAGAGAAGCAGUUAUGACAUAUAAAAAAGAUUCAAAAAACUUCUUUUUGGGUGAAUUUCUGGGGCAGUGCUUGAAAAAGAGAAGACAAAUGGAUAGUUGGUAUCCUUGGACCAAGGAAAUGUUAAAUAAGGUUGAUCAAAAUGAAGAAAUAAUGAAAAAAGGACUAGUGGAGUAUGGGCAUGAGUAUAUCACUGAUCUUUUAGAAGGACAGAUAAAAGCUAAGGAUAAUAAGACAAAUGGUAUUGAAAAGGAUGACUGGAAUUCGACAAUAAAAGAUAAAAUUGACAGUUUGAUUGAUGGUCUUAAAAGUAUUGAAGAAGCAAUAAGAAAUGAAGGGAUGGAUACAAUCUGGGGUAAAAUACAGUUCGAGGGAGUUGUGUUGAACAAUAUUAAAGGAUGCAUGGAUUCGUUUAUGAAGACAUCAAAUAAAAAAUACGAUAUUAUUGAUUAUGUAAAAUAUAAGAAUAAAAGAUGGGAGGAGCAUUACAAUAGAGUUAGAGACGAAAAAGAUAGGAAAAACCUAUAUUUUCAAUGA